AUGUUUUUUCUCUCUUAUUUUUCUCUCCCUUUAAUGAUGUUUUUUUCUCUCUUAUUUUUCUCUCUCUUAUUUUUCUCUCUCUUUAAUGAUGUUUUUUCUCUCUUAUUUUUCUCUCUCUUUAAUGAUGUUUUUUCUCUCUUAUUUUUCUCUCUCUUUAAUGAUUUCCCUGGAUUUCCCUAUCAUUCUGAACGCUUCGGACUGGUUUCAUUCACUGUCAGAAUAAAUAACUUCUUUUGGCAAACCUCUUCUUCCUUUUUUCUAAUCUAUCUAUCUAUCUAUCUAUCUAUCUAUCUAUCUAUCUAUCUAUCUAUCUAUCUAUCUAUUACAGUUUCUUCUUAUUUUUAUCUAUCUAUCUAUCUAUCUAUCUAUCUAUCUAUCUAUCUAUCUAUCUAUCUAUUACAGUUUCUUUUUAUUUCUAUCUAUCUAUCUAUCUAUCUAUCUAUUAUCAGUUUCUAUUUUAUUUCUUUUUAUUUCUAUCUAUCUAUCUAUCUAUCUAUUAUCUAUUUCUUUUUAUUUUAUUUCUAUCUAUCUAUCUAUCUAUCUAUCUAUCUAUCUAUCUAUCUAUUACAGUUUCUUUUUAUUUCUAUCUAUCUAUCUAUCUAUUACAGUUUCUUUUUAUUUCUAUCUAUCUAUCUAUCUAUCUAUCUAUCUAUCUAUUACAGUUUCUUUUUAUUUCUAUCUAUCUAUCUAUCUAUCUAUCUAUCUAUCUAUUACAGUUUCUUUUUAUUUCUAUCUAUCUAUCUAUCUAUUACAGUUUCUUUUUAUUUCUAUCUAUCUAUCUAUCUAUCUAUCUAUCUAUCUAUCUAUCUAUUACAGUUUCUUUUUAUUUCUAUCUAUCUCUCUAUCUAUCUAUCUAUCUAUCUAUCUAUCUAUCUAUCUCUUUUUUCUUUCUCCAAUACUAUUACAGUUUCUUCUUAUUAUUUCUAUCUAUCUAUCUAUCUAUCUAUUACAGUUUCUUUUUAUUUCUAUCUAUCUAUCUAUCUAUCUAUCUAUCUAUCUAUCUAUCUAUCUAUCUAUCUAUCUAUCUAUUACAGUUUCUUCUUAUUUUUAUCUAUCUAUCUAUCUAUCUAUCUAUCUAUCUAUCUAUCUAUCUAUUACAGUUUCUUUUUAUUUCUAUCUAUCUAUCUAUCUAUCUAUCUAUCUAUCUAUCUAUCUAUCUAUCUAUCUUUUUCCUUAUUACAGAGUCUCUACUCCAAUGAAUGGACAAGCGUCGUCAAGAAUGGUAAGAAGUCUGCUGGUCUCUCGCCUCCUCCUCCUUCUCAACAGGAUGUCCCACUAAAGAAGGGCGUCUCACCCAAGAAGCAGCAGAAGGCGUCGCAGGAGGACCAGCGGGUGGAGCAGCAACAAAAGUAG